ACGGUUACACAACAGAUGACAUCGAGUUCUACUGGAAAGGAGGAGACUCCGCUGUGACCGGGGUGACGCGCAUCGAGCUCCCUCAGUUCUCCAUAAUGGACUACAAGCUGGUCUCCAGGAAUGUAGUCUUUUCCACAGGUGCCUACCCUCGACUCUCUCUGAGCUUCAAGCUGAAGCGAAACAUCGGAUACUUCAUCCUUCAGACGUACAUGCCGUCCAUCCUCAUCACCAUCCUGUCCUGGGUCUCCUUCUGGAUUAAUUAUGACGCCUCGGCUGCCAGAGUGGCGUUGGGUACGAUGUGUCUCGUGCAGUAGAGACGUCUGUUCGGUCUCAUAGGUUGCGUUGGGUACGAUGUGUCUCGUGCAGUAGAGACGUCU